AUGGACUCAAAUAAUUUACCACCAGGAUGGACGUCUCAACAGGAUUCUUAUCCUAUGCCAAGUCCUCAAACACCACAACAACCAACUUAUAGUGCUCCACCGCCUCAAUAUAACCAACCUCCACAACCAACAAAUUAUGGACAAGCAUCACAAACAUACGGCUACCCUGGGCAAUACCAACCCUCUAGCGGGCAAUAUCAGACACCACCUAGCGGGCAAUACCAACCAUCUGCAGGGCAAUAUCAACCACCGCCAACUGGACAAUAUCAACCACCUCCAACUGGACAAUAUCAACCACCUCCAACUGGACAAUAUCAACCACCUCCAUCUGGACAAUAUCAACCACCUCCAUCUGGUCAAUACCAACCGCCACCAGCCGGUCAAUACCAACCGCCACCAGCCGGUCAAUAUCAACCACAGGCAGCCGGACAAUACCAACCACCACCCGCUGGGCAAGAUGACAAGAAAGGCCUGUUUGAUACUAAAAAACUUGAUGCUUCAAAGAUAGCAUUAGGAGUUGGAGGAGGUGCACUAGGAGCCGCAGCAUUAGGAUAUUUGGUAAUAUAUAUUUAUUUAUGUAUCCGACUAGGAGAAAUCUGA